AAAUUAUAAAUUUGAAAAUUCAAAUCCCUAAAAUUCAAGUCGGUUUUUAUUUCUUAAUUUAUCGUUAAUGCUCCACCUCCAAGAUAUUUCAAACUCCAUCGUCGAUCUUUUCUUUCCCUGUGACCCUGUAGAUUCCCGGGAAAUCGAAGCAAAGCGCGAGAAAAGUAGAGCAAUAUAUUCUCCUUUUAAGCCUCCAGCUCAAAGUCUUUUGAUUAUUUAAAAUCCUCUGAAAUUUUCAAAUUCUCCUCUUUUUUUUCUUUUCCUUAAACAAAUGGCUGCGUCAAAGAGAUUAAAGCCAUGUUAGUUGAUUCACACCGGAGAAGAAAUUGCAAAAUUUUCCCUCUCCAUUUCAACAAAUCCUGCCUGGCGCCGGAUAACGCUCUUCUUCGAGUUGAAGUUAAACAAUCAAAACCUUAAGAGCUAGUCGGAGAAAUGAGGACAAGCGGUGACGUCUACAGAGCAGAUGCUGGUUCCUCGAGAAGCGAAGAAGAAAGAGGGUUUAAGGAGGAGGACGAUGAUUCCCCGAUUCCGAUGCGGAAUCGCCUAGACGAUUCAAAUCCGCGAUCUGUGUCUCAGAGAUCCGUGAAGAGCUCGAGAAAAGAGGAAGAGACUAUAAACCUUCAUGAGGAUUCAGAUUCUUCUUGUAAGAACACGGCCAGGAACAACCCGAUUCAGUACUCAGAUCAACAACAAGCCGAGCUUCUGAGAAAGCUUGAUUCCAUAAAAGGUCAUCUUCUCCGUGGUGGUAGUGGUAAUGUGGUUGACAAACCAAAAGGCUCAGAUCAACCACCAAUGGGUUUCCAUGGUCGUGGACCUUCUUAUUACAAUAAUCCAUAUCCUGAGCCACUUCCUUACGGAAUGCAUCCUUCCACGAGUAACCCGGCUCAUGUUCCAGCUUAUAGAGGCCAUUAUGGGUUCCCAAUGCAUCAGAAUUGGUAUCCUCAAGGUCAUCACCCAAACCAGAUGCUGCCUCGUCCUCCAUAUCCUCAAGGACAGUAUGUAGACAUUGGUCCUGAUAUACUUGACCCUCAGUUACAAGAUCCUAGAUUCUUUCCAGGUACACCAAGUAGGUACGGUGAUGUCCCAUAUAGCCCGGCUUCUCACCAUGGCGAGAAAAUCGGACCUUUUGGUAGUCCACAUGAUGGUCAUCACACGAGGUGGCCUAGUGAAAUCAAUUCUGAAAUGGGUGGCGGUGCUUUUGCUCCUAAGUAUGCUCAGAAUGCUGUGUCGGAUACUGAUUCCCGUCGUUGCCAUCCUCUAGCAGGCGGUGCGCCUUUUAUAGCUUGUCACAAUUGCUUUGAGCUUCUCUAUUUGCCUAAGAAGAAGCUUCUUGCUCAUGAUAUGCAACAAAAGCUGCAAUGUGGUGCCUGUACUGAGGUUAUCAGUUUCACAAUUCUUGAUAGGAAGCUUGUUUUCUCCUCUUCUGGUCUUGCGGAAACUAACCGGGCUUCCGUAGAGGUUGAAGAUAGAAGCGCUACAAGCGCAGUGGUAUAUGAUUGUCCAGUUAAGUAUGAUGAAUCAAGAAAUCAGCGGGAAGCCAAAAUUGUCCAGGCUGUAUCGCCUAGUGAACACUCAGAUGAUGAAGAAAGAUCAAGCGUUUCUAGUGAACCACAAAAAGAGGUCUUCAAGUCUGUUCGCCGCAAAGUCAAAGGCACGAAAGUUCCUCCUCCUCCUCCUGAAAACUCCAAUCUUCUUGAGCUCUUUGAGUAUUCUAAUGUCAACCGAGCUGCCAUCACUUACGGGAUGGCGCAGUUAGGGUACAAUAAGCAAGAAUCCGACACGAAACAAGACUCGCUGGAACCAGAGUCAGUAGCUACCGAGACAGAUGUUUCUUAUAAUGACUACUAUAAUAACACUGAGGUGUCUGAAGAUUCAAGGAUCUCAAAAACCAGCAAGGAAGAGAGCAGACCAAGAAACCAAAAGGAGAGUAGUGAGUACGGUUUCUCAGAUGUCACUAAUAAAAUCAUCUCUAACGAUCAAAACAACGGGCAGUUAGAGGUUUGGGUGAAUGGGCAUCUUAUACCGGAAGAUUUGGUUAUCAGCGCCGAGAAACAAGCUGGGCCAGUUCAAGCUGGCAAGUACUGGUAUGACUACCGUGCUGGAUUCUGGGGAGUGAUGGGAAACCCGUGUCUCGGAAUUAUACCACCAUUUAUCGAAGAGUUUAGUCGUCCAAUGCCAGAUAACUGCGGUGCAGGAAACACAAGCGUAUUUGUGAACGGAAGAGAGCUUCACGAGAGAGAUCUUGAGCUACUUUCACGUAGAGGUCUUCCUCGAGGCAAGAACCGUUCUUACAUCGUUGAUAUAUCAGGGAGAGUUCUUGAUGGAGACUCUGGCGAAGAACUUAAGAGUCUUGGCAAAUUAGCUCCAACGAUUGAGAAGGUUAAGCAUGGAUUUGGCAUGAGAGUUCCAAGAUCCCUACAUUCAUGAAGCUUCCUCAGCUUGAUUAAGCCUCUGGUUCCAAUCUUUGUUAUAUAACUACAUUGUAGUAUUGUGCUUUAUAUAACACAUCAUUGGUUAUAUUCUGACCGG